UACACAGGAGAGAGUCUCGGCCAGGCGGAGAAGACUGGGCUGGACCCGGAGCUGGAGGAGCUCCUGGCCCGGGCAGACUCCACCAAGACCUGGACGGACCAGAUAAUCUCACAGACUGAGAUUUUACUGCAGCCUAGUCUGGGAGCUCGGCUGGAGGACCGGCUGUACGASCGCCUGGAAUGGAGCGCCCCUCCUCGGCCGCGGGCCCUCGAGGUUCUGGGAGACCAGACGACCCAGGCCGGGCUGGAGAUGGGCUCCAACACUCCCUACGGAGCGGCGCUGAUCAAGUUUGGGGAAACGCAGAAGCAGCUCGGAGAGGCAGAGAGGAAGUUUGUGAAAAGCACCGACAUUCAUUUCCUCACCCCUCUGCGAAACUUCACCGAGGGGGAGCACCGAGUCAUCCAGAACGAGCAGAAGAUGUUGCUGAACAAGCGUUUGGAUUUGGAUAUAGCUAAGAGCAGACUGAGGAAAGCCCACGACGCUGACAGAGAGACCAGAAACCUGAACGCAGCCCAGCUGGAAGACGACUACUUGUCUCACGUCUCCUACAUGUUCAGCUUCCUGCGUGUUAAAUGGCUGAAGAUGUGGGCUCAGGAAAUCUGUCAGGCAGAGAUGGAGCUGAGGAUCUGUCAGAGUCUGUUUGAUCGACAGUCAGAAAUCACACGACGAGUUGUGGAAGGAAUCAGCAGUACUCAUGAUUCCAGCUGUUCUUUGCUCUAAUAACUGGCAGUCAGCACUAAAUAGUGAAGUUAAUCAGCCUUCAGCAAGCUGUCAUGUAGCAGACAGUGAGCCUCCGACACCCAGAGUUCACCAACUUCCAGACGUCAACCAGGACUCGUCAGCUUCCUCUUUAUCCACGCUUCCAGCUGCCAACACAAACAAAAACAACAACAACUUCUCCACCCAGGCAAACAGGGACCAGUUAGCCGUCAAAAGGCGGUUAUUUGCCAGUCAAACAUUGGUCUUUAAAUCGGACCAAACAGAGGAGCAGGAAGAAGAAAGUAGGACCGGCAGCACUUGUGGCUCAACAAACAGACUGUUUACUGUUCCUCCAGCUUCUGCUGAAGCCGUCAGUGUCUCAGUAAACGAUGAUGCUGGAGGAGGAGCAAACACAGCAGCUCGCCUACCUUCACAGGCAAACGCAGCCUCCAGCGAGAGUCAGGCUGCAAGCCCAGAAGCUGCUGAGGCUCGAGGUGAGGCUGCUGGUUCUCUGAAAAACUGACAAGAAGUCCUCAUCAGUCAUGAAGGGAUGUGUUGAAACAUAAAGGAGUGUAAUUAGGGAUGUGAAGCAGGAUUAAGUGGCUUAUCGAGGUAACUUCAGGUUCAGCUCAGGAUUGUCGGUGUCACUCAGCUUGUUGACCUUUUACCUGAGUUUGUUCCUGCAGGAACCUGCUGUAAACCUGACCUGCUGUUAGGUUAUGUUUCUGAUUUACAGAUUACACACCUCAAUCAGUGCCCCUAAAAGAUCAACUAAAUUAAUAAGCCACCAGUGUGUUACUUAUUUCUUCAUCCCUCUCAAAGUUCCACCUCUACAUUUGACUAUGAGAAUCAAGAUUUUUCAUAAAAGAGAAAAAAACUCACUUCAAGGUAUAUUCCUUAUAACCAGUUUUAGAAAAGGAGCUAACAUCUAAAAGAUCAAGACUUAAUUCAAUUAGAAACUGGACCAAAAGAUGGAAGUUGAAGCCACAGAGAAUGAGCCCCCUCUAGUGGCUGGCUGUAGCAAAGACAUUUAAGCUCCACCCCCUUCAUGUAAAUUAAUUGAAUUUUUGAAUUUUCUUCCUAAAAAUAAAACUUUGAUAAAUUUUUAGACUUUUUUUUGUCUUGCCCAAACUUUUAGUUUUAAUGAACUGUUUGACGCAUAAAGAAAAGUGUCAUGUUACACUGUGAUUGACAGCUCGUUAGCGAGUUGGCAGUGUGUGUAGGCGGGACUUCGUAUUAAUGGACCAGCAUGCUUGYAGUUCACAGACUCUGACUCCAAAAAUGCAACAUGGCAGCCCCAAAAACACUAGGAGUCGAAACGCUUAAUGAUCUGAGUGAAUUAUAUUAACUAAACUUCACUCUUUAUUUCUUAGUGAAAAAUAUAUUUAAAAAAGAAUUUCCAUAAGGUAAAAUAUUCAUGACUUAAUUAAAAUCAGCACCUGAAAAACAUUAAAUAAUAAUACUGUUCUGAUGCACCUGUGGGGGUGUUGGUCAGGGUAUUAAUUUAGUGUAUUUAUCAGCUAUUGUUCAGCCUGUAAAAUACCGUACAGUACAGUCUUUGUAAAGUAACAUUCAUUUUGACUAAAAUACAUUAAUCGUUCUCUUAGGCAGUAGUUCUCAAACCGGGGGACCCCACUGACGUCAAAAUUGGUUUUUGUGUUUGUUUCUUUAUUCAGAUUUUU